UCCCCCAGAGUCGAAGAGAGGGGUGGAUCGGGGCGGAGCGCGGCUUCUGCGGAGGACAAGGGACGCUCUCCUCCUGCAGGUCUGCCUUCUACCAAAAUGAGCGGCCUGGACGAGGGCAACGAUCUUCCUGCCGCUCAAGACUGCGGCCAAACUACUGCCGAGCCUGCCCCGGGACAUCCGGACCUAAGCCAGUGCCAGGGCGAGGAAACCGAGGCGACGCCGGUGAUGGCGGACACAGGUGAGGGCAGUUUGGAGGCCGCCGCGGAGGGAGGCGCACCCCAGAACCCGGCUAGUUGUGCCCCGGUGCUCCGCGUUCGCAUUUUUGGGAGUCGCGGCCGUGUAGCGACCAGAUCGGGUCAGAGAGAGGUUCUGCUCCCCACGGAAGGCUUGGCAGCAGCCCCUGCCUCAGCCUCCGCCGCGGUGGCGACCGACAAUAGCCAGGAAAAUGGCUGUCAGCCUAGAGAGCCGCAGGGCCCUGCUGGGGAGAAAGCUCUAGAAGCCUGUGGCGCAGGGGGGCUGGGGUCUCAGAUGAUGGCUGGGGCGAAGGCCAAGGAAAUGACGACCAAAAAGUGCGCCGCUUCAGCGGCUGCGGAAAAGGAGGGAGGAGCAGAGGAGGUGGUGGAGGAAAAGAAGGCGAUGCAGAAGGAAAAGAAGGUGGUAGGAGGAAUGAAAGAGGAGGCCCGGGGCAAGGCCCCGAAGAUGAAUAACUGCAUGGAUUCGCUGGAGGCCAUCGAUCAGGAGCUGUCCAACGUAAAUGCCCAGGCCGACAGGGCCUUCCUUCAGCUGGAGCGCAAGUUUGGCCGCAUGCGAAGGCUUCAUAUGCAGCGCAGAAGUUUCAUUAUCCAGAAUAUCCCAGGUUUCUGGGUCACUGCCUUUCGGAACCACCCCCAGCUGUCACCUAUGAUCAGUGGCCAAGAUGAAGACAUGAUGAGGUACAUGAUCAAUUUGGAGGUGGAAGAGCUCAAACACCCAAGAGCCGGCUGCAAAUUCAAGUUCAUCUUUCAGAGCAACCCCUACUUCCGAAAUGAGGGGCUUGUCAAAGAAUAUGAGCGCAGAUCCUCCGGAAGGGUGGUGUCUCUUUCCACUCCAAUCCGCUGGCACAGGGGCCAAGACCCCCAGUCCCAUAUCCACAGGAACCGGGAAGGAAACACUAUCCCCAGUUUCUUUAACUGGUUCUCAGACCACAGCCUUCUAGAAUUCGACAGGAUUGCUGAGAUUAUCAAAGCAGAACUGUGGCCCAAUCCCCUACAGUACUACCUGAUGGGUGAAGGGCCUCGCCGUGGAAUCCGAGACCCAGCAAGGCAGCCAGUGGAGAGCCCCAGGUCCUUCAGGUUCCAGUCUGGCUAACUGAUGACCUUGGGAGAAGCUCCAGCACAAGUCUCCUGGCCACCUCCCUUUGAACCUAUGCUUAGCCAACAGCAUGCAGUCUGCUAUUUGCUUUCUCUUCACACUGGACUAUUUUAUCCUUUGGUUCUUCUAAAUCUCCAACAGUCAUUUGCAAGGUUGACUCAUAUGCUUGUGUUCUUCUUCCUCUGGACCUUUAUGCUCUUCUGUGUCCUGUUACAUGUUCCAAGUGCAUGGCCUUGUACUGCUUCUAUGCCAAGCACAUGAUGCUGUAGAUAGAGAGGCACUGCCUUCCUUUGCAUGCCUUGGGCCCUGUCUGUGACCAUGGUCUUCUCCGAGUUUUUUAAGUGGUUACCUACCACAAAGAAGCUUGAAAUACCUUUGCAGAUAACUAGCUGGGCUUCAUACUUUAUGCUGACUGUCCUCCUGAUACCCAUGUACUGUAUGUCAAGUUCUUUGAAUUUCACCGUUGCAAGAUGAAGCUGAUCUAGAUGAUGCCAGCCGUCAACCCAAACUGGACAUUCUGCCUACCACUGACUGGUUCCUAGCUGCCUUCCUGGCCUGUGCCAUCCACCCAGCUUGUUAUGUGGCAGAAUAAGGUGGCUGGUGGGUGGCUACUAGGCAUGAAUGAGGUAACAGAUGAGAGGUGUUCAGUGUUAACUGCAUUAGUCUUCUUUUGCCUUUGGGCACUCUGCUUUGUGAACAGGUACUGACAGGUGAGUAUGAAGGUCUGUGCUGUGGCUCACCCAAACCUGCUCUUAGCCUUCUGGAUGAGCUUUGCAUAGGCACCAUUGCCUGCUUCCUCAGCAACUGUCUGUGGAUUUAAGCUCUCAGGCAGCACAUAGGGAACUUCCCCUCCAACCCCCUGCCCCAUCAGAUGGUUACCUAUAAACCCAAUUGGCUCUUGGGCAGGUUGGGCAGGCGUAUGUGAUGGUUCCCCAAGCAAGGCUGGUAAUGGUUCCCUUCCAGCAGUUAGGCUUUCUGAGCUGUAGCCAACAAACCACCCUUAAUCUGGCCACUUUGUUAGGCAUCCCCCUGCUAAGUCUUGCACUCAUUCUCAGAAUGAUAGCAGGAAAGUUGCUGGGUGAGGGCACUGGGGGAGAGGUCAUUCUGGUUUGUGGGGUGUUCUGUAUCUAUUAUCUUUCUCUCUCUCCCUCCCCCCCACACCUUCCACUUCCCUCUCCCUCCCUUCCUCCCCCUCUCUCUGAAACAGUUAUAGAUCAGAAACAAAAUCAAACUGGCAAAAGCAGGCUUUUUAAAUUUGCUCUCAACUUGACUGUGUCCAGAGGGAGAAAGGCAUUCACUGCACAAUAGACUCCAGAUCUCUAUCUGUGCUCUUCUGCCCUCACGCCUCCCCCUACUUUGUUUUUAGUAGGGUCUGAAAGUUUCAAAGGGAGACCUGUGUAGGUUGUUAUGAGCAGUGUUCUUUUGGGCCAGCUUUGACAACCCCACCCUUUUCCCCUGUCCAUUUACCAACACCUGUGUGUUUCCUGAGUUUAGUUUGAGAGGCAGAGGGGAAAGACAGGGGGCCUCACAGUGAUGGAUUUUAAGGCAGACCCGAGCAGGUUGUGGUGUAGAGCAACCAAAACUUAGUUUCACUCUACUUUUUCUCACUCUUUUUUUUUUUUUUUCUUUUCACCUUUCUUUUCCAAAUUUGGAAAUUUGGGGGGUGGUGGCCUUGGAUCACUUAGAAAUAACCCCAGGGCAGCAUUUUGAGGGUCACCCCUGUCCUCUAUUUUAUUACUGCUCUGAUGUCCCAGGGGCCUCCAUCCUGGCCUUUCUGGUUCUCCUCCGCUUCCACAUUUCCUUCUCUGCUUCUGUCCCCAGAAAACUAGGGAGCAGGCUGCAGUCUACAUGUGGGAGAUGCCAAGUUUCCCUCCUAGGGGUAUAUGGGGAUGUGUGGUGUCUGUCUGGAUUUCCAGGACAGUUUCUAGUAGGUGGGACAGCAGUGCUGUCAGGGCUGUCUUACUUGGGCGGUAUGUAGUGAUAGUAAGGACUCUCUGCCUUUCCCCUAAGCUCUGUGUGUUUGGGAGGCCAGGGCACAGCAGGUGGGGAGGGUGCUGUAGGCGGAGGAACCCGAAAGCCCAGAAACAGAAAUGAACCUGCUGUGGAGUAUUCUUGGAAAGGCACGGGAAAGACUGGAACCCUGCAGGGUUGGGGAUGGUGGGGAGAGGUCCCUGAAGCUUUUCCCAGGAAGGUGGGAGAAUCAAAGUGGUUGAUGUUUAAAGAGGAUACUUGGAGUAGUUUUCCCUGAUUCCCUUGAAUUCACCAGUAGAUUUUUAUACACAAAAAUGCAAGGCUGAAUGUUUUCUCUCUAUUAUUGUAGGAUAUUUUUCUGUGUGGAAAUAUUUUCUGUGUGGAAGAUUAAUGGUAUGUGCUUCUUAUUUCACUGUAUUUGAGUAAAAUCCUAUGAAUUCCUUUCUCUGUUUUUGCUUGCUGGCAAAAUUGACAUUUACAGGCCUGCUUUUUGCUUGUAAUUGAGAAUGUGUGCAAAAAUAUCAAAAUUGUUCCUGUGCAGUAUGAAACCUGUGAAUAGUCGUUAAUAUAUCAGCUUGUUCUGGUCUGUCUUCAUAUAUAGUUCUAUUCUAAGAAAUAUAAUUUGAAUGUGAUCUUUGAAAUUUUGCAAAUUGUUGCUGUCUUGUGAAAGUAAUCUCAAGAAGAAAAACAUAACUCUAUUGUCUUGAUAUUUCUUGCCCUAAUAGUAAUGUUGUACUUGACAUCUUAUGUUCCUAACCAGUGUACGUACUUGUAGAAUUGCUCUGUCAGACUAAAUAAGGAUCGUUAAGUACUUUAGUCUUCUUUUAUGUGCGUAAAGGAAAAAUAAAGUCUGUCACUGCUGUACUUCUUGUUUUCACCAAAAAAUAAAAAUAAAGUUCUGUGUUGUCUAGGCUAA